AUGGCAGGGGAUGCCUUAACCGAAGCAGAAAUGACUGACACCAUGAACGAAAUCAUGGAAGGUAAGACGACAGAUGCUCAGAUCGCCUGUUUUCUCACAGCAUUACGGCUUAAAGGCGAAACAAUAGAAGAAAUUACGGGUGCGGCACGCGUCAUGCGUGACAAAGCCACACCCGUUCCCACAAAACAUUCAUUGGUUGUUGACACGUGUAGCACAGGUGGUACAGGUUUAAACCAUUUCAACAUCUCAACAACUUCUGCCAUUGUUACCGCCGGAGCAGGCGUGCCGGUCGCAAAGCACGGCAAUCGAGGCGUAACGCGACAGAGCGGCAGCGCGAACGUACUUAUGGCAUUAGGCGUGAACAUUGAAAUUGGUCCCGAACACGUCGGACGAUGUAUUGAUGAGGUCGGCAUCGGUUUUCUAUUUGCACCAGCACUGCACGGUGCGAUGAAAUACGCUAUCGGACCGCGGCGGGAGAUUGGCAUCCGGACAAUUUUCAAUGCCUUAGGUCCGCUGACCAAUCCAGCGGGCGCGCAGGCACAAGUGUUGGGCGUUUAUGCCCCUGAACUUACUGAAACUCAUGCAAAUGUAUUAAACAACUUGGGAUGUAAGCACGCGUUUGUCGUACACGGUGAUGACGGUUUGGACGACAUCACAACCACAACAACCACACGCGUCUCAGAACUCCGAAACGGUACCGUUAAAACCUAUACGCUUGAUCCCACAACACUCGGAAUUCCGAGAGCAGAACCUGAAGCACUUCUGGGUGGCGCGCCGGAGGAGAAUGCUGAAAUUAUAGUCAAUAUGCUGAAGGGUGAGAAGGGAGCCAAACGCGACAUUGUUGUGCUAAACGCUGGUGCAGCGAUUACUGUGAGCGGGAAAGCAGAUAGCCUUGAAGUGGGUAUCGAACUUGCUUCAGAAUCUAUUGACUCAGGCGAAGCGUUGGCGAAACUAAGGGCUCUCAAGUCAAUGUCGAAUAGUUAA